UACAUCUUGUCUGGAUCCGAUGACUUCAACCUCUACAUGUGGAAAAUACCCAAGGAUCCAGAAGCUGGAGGCGCGGGUCGGGUGGUAAACGGGGCUUUCAUGGUCCUGAAGGGUCACCGCUCCAUAGUGAACCAGGUCCGCUUCAACCCGCACACCUACAUGAUCUGCUCGUCGGGCGUGGAGAAAGUCAUCAAGGUGUGGAGUCCUUACCAGCAGCCUAACAGUCUAGGUGACCUGGAUGGUCGGGUGGAGGAUAAGUCUCGCAGCCUCUACACGCAUGAGGAGUACAUCAGCCUGGUGCUGAACAGCGGCAGCGGUCUCUCCCACGACUAUGUCAGCCAGUCCAUCCAGGAGGAUCCUCGCAUGAUGGCGUUCUUUGACUCUUUGGUGAGGCGAGAGAUCGAGGGGUGGAGCUCAGACUCGGACAGCGACCUGAGCGAGGAGGCCAUCAUGCAGCUGCACGCCCGAGGACGGCGCACCGCUCGUGCCACGCCCACCGCCCCCGUAGCUCCGUCUGCUGCCGGUCACCACAGCGACUCAGACAACUCGUCCUCGUCUUCUCUGGCAGGACCCGACGCCUCAGGAGGGGAGGAGCCAGCGGGAGCGGCGGCGGAGGGUCAGCAGAGAAGGCGGAGGAGGCAGAGCAGGAAUCAGUCCGGCUUCCUCGUAAACGAAGACUCAGACUCGUCUGAGUUCUGGCUCGACCCGAUGCCACGGCCUCGCUCCCCGAGUCCCAGAGACAACUCCACGCUGUCAAGCCCCGCCUCCUCCCCCUCACUUCCUGCAGGAGCCUCCAGCUCCUCCUCAUCCACCUCCAGCUCCAGCAGCGACGACGAGGAGCGCCGUAGUGCGGUGAGGCGGCGCAACGUGAUGAGGCGGAGACGCAUGAACGUUGUUUCUCGAGCCGGGGAUCGACCCGAGUCCGUGCAGGCGCUGUUCUCCGCCGUCGACUCCUGCAUCUACCCGUCCAUAUCGGUGGACGAUCUGUCAUCCUCCUCGUCGGGGGUGGAGCCAAACUCGCUCCAAAUCAAGCCAAGCAGCGAGGAGGAGAAAUGUCUGAGCCCGUCUGACUUUGUGUGUCGCAGCCCGGUGAUGUCACCCGCUGAGGACGAGAGAGAGAGGACUGACCGACUGUCAGCCGCAUCCCCGCCGCCGCAGCUCGCACUGAGGACGGACAGCUGGGACGGCGGCGAGGCCUGCAGUUCGGGGGCUUUGGACUCUCAGAGCCGAUGCAGCCCCGGAGCGAACGGGCAGCACCGGACAGCGAGCGAAAACCUGCACGUGUCGUCAGAAUCAGAAGAAGAUGACACGAGGACGCCACAGAGCGCUCUGAAAAGGACUCACGGGACGUCAGAGGAGAGCGAGUCCGGCUCCUCGCCGUCAGAGAAGAAGUUAAAAACGUAAUCUCUUUGUCACGCUGGAAAAAAAACAUUCAUGACUCGAUUAAGACGUUUUUUUUAUGGGUUUCUUUAACUCAGAUUUUCAUUUGGCCUCUCUUGACAUGUGAAACAUGAAGCCGAGCUGAAGAUUUAUUUUAUUUUAGAAAAGUGAAUCAAAGUCGUCGUUCUGUUGGUCAAACCAGCGAUGACGCUAAAAGAUGCAGAAUAUGAAACUAAGCUCAUGUUGUUGAUGCUGUUUUAAAGUGAAGCUGAGAUUUUCCACAGCAUCAGCGUUUCUGUCUCGUGAUCUGGUUGAUGCAGGAAGCUCCGCCCACCAUCUGGAGCUCGUCCAAUCAUAAUGCAACAAAAAAAAACGGUCCUGAUGAGGACUGAAGCUGUGCAGCAUUUUGAGUUUCUGAGGUUUCCCCGAGCGAGGAUGUGAGAGUCUGACGAGUCGACGUGUGUCUGUAGAAAACGUAGGGAGCAGCAUUUGUUAAAGCUGUAUGUUGAAAUGAUGCUUUCAGUGUCUCCUCCCCUUUGUUUUUUGAUCUCCUUGCCCCUCCCCCCUCCUCCUCGGUAUCAGCACCAGCCAGCGCUCGCUUUUGUUUUUCCUGCAAUUAAAGAAGAAUUUGUUAUUCAG